AUGGCUGCACAGAAAGUUGCUCUGAUUACAGCUGGUACAGCGGGCUUGGGUGCUGCCAUUGCUCGUGUCCUAGCACCGGACUUUAGAGUGGUGAUCAACUAUGCAAACAACAGCUCUCGCGCCGAGGACGUCCUCAAAGAACUCAACGCCAUCCCCAGCACCGUCUCUUCCAAAGAUUCCCCCCGGUUCCACGCCAUAAAAGCAGACAUUGGCAACCGCGAGGCCAUCACCUCUCUCGUCCAAGAAACAAUCUCCACAAUGGGUCGUUUAGACGUCGUAGUCUCCAACGCUGGCUACACACGCCUAACAAACUUUAUGAACUUUGACGAACAGCAUUUUGACGAGGAUUGGGAUAAAUGCUUUUUGUACAAUGUUAAGGCACAUAUGUGGUUGGCGUAUGCAACAAGAGAACACCUUGAGAAGACUGAGGGUGCUUUUAUCACUACGUCGAGUAUUGCUGGUGUCAAGCCUUCGGGGAGUUCGUUGCCGUAUGCUGUUACCAAAGCCGCGAGUAUACACUUGUCAAAGUGUUUGGCCAAUAUCUGCGCUCCGAAGAUCAGGUUCAAUUCCGUCUCUCCUGGCUUGAUGUUGACGGAGUGGGGAAUGAAGUUUUCGGAGCAGAAGAGAGAAGCACACAAGAACAAUACCAAAUUGAAGAGGUUGCCGGAAGUUGAUGAUGUCGCGGAGCAGGUACGAGUGCUGGCUUUGUCAAGAAGCAUGACAGGACAGAAUGUUAUCAUCGAUUGUGGUUUGACAUGUUGA